AUGCAUAAGUCUUCGAAUUCUAGGUCAUCAAAAGCGUCGCACAACCGUAAUGCUAGCAGCAGUUCUGGGAGUGGAGGACUGUUCUCUAACUUGAAGAAACUGAAAGGGGGCAGCGCUCAAAACCACCUGACACAGCGCAUAGAGCCGUCCGAUAUAUCUUCACCUACUAAGAUCGAAAUUCCCGCUAGUGGGGAGUUUAGCUCGAAGCCCUUAAGCAAACAUUCGACUCUCAAUGUGCAAAAUUUAUCCGCCUACACUGACAUUAAUACUCAUAGUAGGUCACAGUCUACUGCAUCUAGCGGGUCUCCGACCAAGUAUUCAUAUUCACGGCGGGCGUCUCAAUGGUCCGCCAGCGGAGCUUCGGGCCAUGCUACUGUAUCAGGUUUCAGUUCCAGUAAUGGGGGUAAGUUAAGUCGCCAGCAUACCAACCAAAGUGCGUCCUCCGCGAGCUUAGUUUCCCAGCUGUCAUCUUCAAAUCUCUCCAAAUAUGUCAAUGCUGACGGGAAUGUGAGGGUCGAGAUGCCCGCAGACCCAAGGGAGGUAGAUGAGCUUUUCGAAGAAGUACUUCAUAAGCGUAAUGUUUUCCAAUCCGUGCAUCGCUCUCAACAUGGCGAUCUGAAGGGCUACGAUCUGGAAAAAAAAUGGACAAUAGUUCGACAAGACAUACAAAACGAGAUAAAAAAAAUCCGUAACGUUAAACAUGGGACUUCGGCGGGAUCUACUCAACAUUUAGGCUCGGCGCCGCACGACUCAAAUGUAGGACUUGCUAGCAAGGCUGCGUCUGGACCUCAAAGCUCUCGCCAUAGUAUAUCAAGUGGAGGUACCGGCCGCGAUAAGGUAUACGAAGGAGGCGCCGAACAUUCGAGCUCUACAACCACGCUAUCUCAGGAUCCGACGCAUCUCUCCCCAGAUUACUACGUUCGCAAAAUUAUCGCCAAUGACUUAUCAUCCAAGAGGCUCAAUGACUUAUGGGUGUCACUAAGAACUGAACAAAUAGACUGGGUCCUUGGCUUUUUAGAAGCCCAGGGGCAGGUGGCAAUUGCGAAUGUGAUAAUGAAGUCUUGUGGGAGGGACAAUUCUGGAACUACAAUCACAGAGGAAGACCUUGACAGAGAGUUCGCAUAUUUCAAGUGUUUGAAAACUAUCUUGAAUUUGCGAGAAGGCGCAGAUGAAGCCGUUAAAUCCAAAAAGGCAAAAAUUAUUAUAAUGGCCAUCAUAGAAGGCCUCUUUUCCUUGAGAAUAAGUACGAGGAGGAUGGCAAGUGAGCUAUUAAUUUUUGUCACACAGUGGGAUCCCGAGAAGGGCCUGGGCCAAGUUUUGACUGUUUUUGAUCAAUUGGCAAAAUCUGCUGGUAAUGGACACAUCCAAGCGCGGAUUCAGAACAUGAAAUCGAAAUCUAAUGACUACCGCGAAUAUAGUCUGGAGAAUUACGAGGGGCUACGAAAGCUAGAACAAUGGCUUUUGGUCGUGGAAUACACUUUAGACGGACGAGGCAAGAUGGGAUCUCUAGUGGGCGCAUCUGAUGAAUUUAAGAACGCAGGUGGUGAAAAUGCCAUUCUCGAAUAUUCAUACCUUAGCAUGCUGUUGGUCAAUCAGCUAUGCAGCACGAUUCCUGAUAUUAAAAAACGAACCCUUUUUCGGACCCGUCUGAAGACGGCCGGCCUACCUCGCCUCAUUAAGAAGCUAAUUCUUCUUGAUUACGACAAGUUGAACGAGCAGUUACGUUUAUUUGAGGAUGGGACAGCCGAUGAUUACAAUACAUUAGUUAGUACUGGGCCAACCACUUACAAAGUUGAUAUGCAAGAUCCAAAAUCCAUCGUUCAGGCGCUAUGGAAAACGUAUGAGGGCACUGAUGCUGAAACUUAUUUUACGUCUGUGUUACAGCACCUUUUCAUUACAAGCAAUAAGCUCGGCGAGGGCCCUGAUGACCCUGGGGAGCGAACAAAGCAGCUCAGGUUAAUCGACGCAUUAAUUUCUAACAUAUCGAUGUCCUCAAGCGAUCUGGAGCCAACAUUUUUCACCACAAUUCAGAGAAUUUACGAUGCUCUACAGACGGACGAGACGGCACGUCGCGCCAUUUCCGAAAGCCGUGACUGGAUGAUGAGAUAUGAAGAGAUCAAAGCCGAAAGAGAUAGUCUAGCGAAUAAAUUAUCGAAGGCAGAGGACGGCUUAGUUGGACAGCUCCAAAUGGAACUAACAGAACGUGAUCGUAUUCUUGAGAAAAGUCACCGCGUUACCACUCAGCUCCAACAUGAGCUGGAUGAUCUAAAGAAGAAGCACCUUCUGGCGAAGCACGAACAUGAAGUAGAACUUCGAAAAGCCUUAACGUCGCUCAACAGUCAAACGAAACCCCAAGGGUCCCCGCCACCGUUAAGUGAAAAGGAGCCACUUCCAAACCUGCUGAAGCCUGAGCGUAAACUAGCGAUACAAAGGGCUCUCCACGACAAAUUGCAGCAAACACGCCAAGACAUAUCUCUCGAAUCAAAGAAGUCUGGCAUGUCUGUAGCCCCAAACAAGAGAUUGAGGUUGCUAAGAUCCCGUAUGGAAGACAUUGAAAAUCAAGCAAGAGAACUGGAAAUGACCAAUUUUUCUGAAUUCCAGAAGAAGCAGCAGAGCGAGGGCAGUUUUAUUCCAAAUAUACACCGUGAAAGAAAACGCAACGAAGCAGCUGAAAGAAAUGAUUUCAAAAAUUUGAUGGAUUUAAAGAGAAGGUUAGAAUUAGUCCAACAGGAGAGUAACGAUGUCUCAAAAUUCAAUGUUGAGGCAAGGGUCAAUGAGCUUUUUAAAGAAAAAAAGAAUGAUGCGCUAGAGAAGCUCAAAAUAUUGGAAGAGAGGUACAAAGGCUUCGGAAUUGAUUUCCAAGUCGACCCGGUAAGCCACAUCGAUGAAGAGACGGAUCUCAGUUCCCAAGGUAAAAGCCUGGAUCCCAAACAGAUCAAUGCAAGAAUUGAAGAGCUUUCCAUGAUUUUACAACAACUUAAUGAGAUCAAGGACAAUUUUGCUGAAAAGAAUAACAACGGUGAUGAGCCCUCGCUAAGCUCUGAUUCAGAAAACGAGAGACCAACAACAGCUGAUGCCAGCGAUCAUAAGCAGAGUACAACCUCUUUUCUUGAGACUUUAUCAAAGAAAUAUGGCACGGGAAGAAGCACAAAUAGUGCUCAUGGUGAGGAGCAUGAUAUUCCUACUUCUUCAGCCCUGGCAAAAAAGUCUCACAGAGUUUCUUUCAUGGAACGUGUAAAGAAGGCUACAGCGCCUUCAGAGCCCCUGGACGAAUCUGUCAUAUUCAUGGAGCCUGAAUUUGACGGAAGUUCGAAUCUGAAGAAUUCCUCGGAGCAGCAGAAGUCAAAAAACAUGAACAAUACUGGAGACUCAUCAUAUACAGCGACCAAUAACGCCCGUAUGAUAAAUUCAAAGGGGUCAAUACCUCCUGCGCCGCUCAUGCCCACGACGCUCCUUACUCCUGGGCGUUCUGAGCAGGCCGAAGUUAAUUGCCACCAGACGGAGCAAACUUCAACCUCACAAUAUGUUUCAGCUCCACCACCACCACCACCACCACCACCACAGCACCUAUUCAAAAAAGAAGAAAAUACUGAUGCACCAGCUCCCCCACCACCACCGCCACCACCACCUCCUCCUGCUCCUAUGCUACCCUCCAAGCUUGCGUCGUCAGCGUCAGGUGGGCACCCUCUGCCCCCGCCACCUCCUCCACCACUAGCGCCCGCCUUCCCCCCCGACUCAGCAAAGCAAUCUAGAUCUGCAUCUCCCCUACCACUUCCACCUAGGAGUCUCUUUGACAAGUACCCUCGUCCCGCCAAGAAGCUUAAGCAACUGCACUGGGAGAAAAUUGAUGAUGCAGACGACUCUAUUUGGAAAGAAGGGAAGGCCGAGAAAUUUGCUGAUGAACUGUACGAGAAGGGUAUUUUGUCCAGGUUGGAGCAUGCAUUCGCCGCUAGAGAGAUCAAGAACUUAUCAAGUAGGAAGAAAAAUGAUCUUGACAAGUUAUCAUUUCUGUCCCGAGAUGUUUCACAGCAAUUUGGUAUCAAUUUGCAUAUGUAUUCAUCAAUCGAACCCGAUGAAGUCGUGAACAAAAUCCUUCGAUGCGAUCGUGAUUUUUUGGAGACUCCAAGCGUAAUUGAAUUUCUCUCCAAGCAAGAGAUAACUGAAGUUUCCAAUAACUUAGCAAGAAAUUUCGCUCCUUACAGUACGGAUUGGGAAGGCAUAAAAUCUGUAGGUGAUGAGAGAGCGCCAGAGAGGGACGUCACAGAGCUACAAAGAGCAGACCAGUUAUAUCUUGCUCUAAUUGUAAAUUUACAAAGUUACUGGACCUCCCGUAUGAGAGCGAUCAAGAUGAUCACAACGUUUGAAAAAGAAUACGUGGAGCUGGUAAACAAAUUAAGAUCUCUCGAUGCCGCUGUAAGUGCGGUACAGAACUCAGAAUAUUUGAGAAACGUUUUCGACGUUAUUCUGGCGGUGGGAAAUUUUAUGAAUGAUUCUUCUAAACAGGCGCAAGGCUUUAAGCUUGCAACAUUACAACGUUUGACCUUCAUAAAGGACGAAAAGAAUACAAUGACAUUUCUCAAUUACGUCGAAAAGAUUGUUAGAGAGACAUAUCCAGCCUUUAACAAGUUUCUAUUAGAUCUCGAGCCCGUUUUGCCAGCUGUGAAGAUUUCAAUUGAGCACUUGACCAAAGACUGCAAAGAGUUUUCCCAAAAUAUUUCGAACGUUGAGCGGUCAAUCAAAAUUGGUAACCUAAGCGAUUCCAGUAGGUUCCAUCCCGAGGACAGGAUUUUAAUGAAAGUUCUCCCACUGCUUCCAGAUGCUCAACGUAAGGGCGAGCUGUUGCUAGAUGAGAUGAAAUUAACCCUUCUUGAAUUUGAUAAUCUAAUGAAGAUGUUUGGAGAAGAUGCAACAGAUAGAUUUGCUAGAAACUCGUUUUUUAAAAAGUUCGCCGAUUUCAUGCAGGAGUAUAAGAAGGCCCAAAAUUACAACCUGAAGGUGGAAGAAGAGGAGAAGGUCUACGAACGUCGCAAGAAGCUGAUCGAAAAUCAACAAAGAAAAGAGCUAGAAAAAGUGGGAGCCAAUCAAACGGGUAAACUAGGAUCCAAUCAUGGCGAAGGGGAACGCGACGUAAUGGACAAGCUUUUAGAAAAGCUGAAGAAUGCUGCACCCUCAAAAAGCGACCCAUCUUCUGCGAGAAAGAGGGCCCUUGCCAGGAAAAAGCUCAUGCAAGGCAAUCCAUCCAACUCCACCAUACUCGACAACUUUGAAGUGGAAGAAGAAGGACAAAAAAGUAACAUGGAAGAUAAUUUUGAAAAUAAGGAAAAGAGAGAUGAAGGACAAUCAGAACUGGUUGAAAAAUCUCCCACGCCUGCACCCAAAACGAGACGGUUAACAGAUGACGUUUUCGAAGACGCCGAUAACUCUCAAGACUUAUCAGAUCGAGCAAGGUCGCUUUUGCUAGAACUAAGAAGUCCAAAUUCGCAGUCACAGAGCAUGACAUCAAGAGGCGAUCACGAUGGAUCAAGACGACGUGUUAGACAUGCAAAAAAAGAAAAUGAAUCAUCUGAAAACAGAUUGAAGUUCGUCGGGCAGCCUGAAGAUUCGCCUACACCCCAAGAAGAAGAACAAAUGAUGGUUUCAUAUGAGCCUGAGCCAACGGUCGAAGAGAAAGAAACGACGGAGACUUCUGUACCUAACCAGAGUCGAUUGAGCUCGGUGUCAGAAGAGCAAAAAGACGACUGA